AUGUAAUAAAAAUCAUAAAAAGCAGUUAUAUAUACUAACUAAUCUCCUAACUACAUGUAAUUCACUGAAAAUCACUAAAUUCCUUCUCCAGAUAAUAAAAAUAUCAUAAUCGAAGUCUAUUCAGCUGCUAUAAAUCCUGUAGAUUAUAAACUUCCGUACAUAUUUGGUUUUACGAUAAAAAAUAACAUCGUUGGCUAUGAUUUUUCCGGAAAAAUAACUUACGUACCUCCCCAUAUAACCCAAUUUAAAGUCGGUGACGAGGUUUUUGGUAUGAAUAAAGGUACUUUAGCCGAAAUAAUAAAAGUAUAACCUGACUCUUGUGUAUUAAAACCUACAUAACUAACCCAUUCAGAAGCCGCUGCUUUACCUUUAGCUUGUCAAACAUCAUUAUAAAGCUUAAGAAGUUACGGUAAACUAAUUCAUGGAGAAUCCGAUGUAUUAGUGAUUGGAGGUUCAGGCGGAUGUGGUUAUUACGGAGUUUAAUUAAGUAAAAUUUUAGGCGCAAAAAGUAUUACAGCAAUCUGUUCGAGUAAAAAUUUCGAUUUCGUAAAGAAUUAGGGGGCUGAUUUUUUACACGAUUACAAUUCUCCAGAUGGAAUGUUACCCAAAAAUAAAAAGUUUGAUAUUAUUUAUGACACUGUGAGUUCCCCAGAAGACUUUGAUUAUUACCCAGAAGGAGUAAAAUUACUAAAAAAUGAAAAAAGUGUAUUUGUGGCAAUUAAUGGGUAAAAAAAAGAUUGGGUAAGGAAAGGAUUUUCUAAAGUUUUAGGAAAUUGGGUUUAAAAAAAAUAAUAUUAAUUAAUGCUUUUAGGAUAGAAUUAAAAGGAUCUAUCUGAUAUAGCCUUAUGGGCAAAAGAAGGAAAAAUUAAAAGUAUUAUAGAUAGUGAAUAUGGAUUAAAUUAGGAAGAAGUUAUUUAAGCUUUUGAUAAACUUAAAAGUAGAAGAGUUGUUGGAAAAGUUAUUAUUAAAAUAAAAUAAUGA